AUGACUACAGCCAUUCUUUCUUACUUUUUCCCUUUUCAUCUUUCUGUGAUUUUUCUUUCUUUCUUUCUUUCUUUCUUUCUUUCUUUCUUUCUUUCUUUCUCUUUUUUUUUUCCUUUUCAUUCAUUUUCUUUCUUUCUUUCUUUUCUUUCUUUUUUUUUUUUUUUCAUUCUUUUUCUUUCUUUUCCCUUUUCAUCUUUUUUUUCCUUUUUUCAUUCUUUUUCUUUCUUUUUUCUUUCUUUCUUUCUUUCUUUCUUUCUUUUGUCGUUUUUCUUUCAUUCUUUUCUUUCUUUUUUCUUUCUUUCUUUCCUUCUUUCUUUAACUUUCUCUUUUUUGUUUUUCAUUCAUUUUUCAUUCAUUAAUUCGUUCUUUCUUUUUCUCCUUUUUCUUUCUUUCUUUUUCUCCUUUUUCUUUCUUUCUUUUUCUCGUUUUCUUUCUUUCUUUUUUUCUUUCUUUCGUCCAUCCGCCCGUCCCUUUGUCGUUUUUCUUUCUUUUUUUCCCACAUUUCGUACAUCUAUCGCUAUUUUUCCUUCUUCCUUUCUUUCGUCCUUCUAUCAUUUUCUUUCUUUCUUUCUUUCUUUCUUUCUUUCUUUCUUUUUUUCUAUUUGCGCCUCAUCUUUUUUUAAUUUUCUAUUUCUUUAUCCUUCCCUCUCUUUUAAAUCACAUCUUUCUUCCUAUUCUUUCUCUUCUACUCUUUAUGCAUCUAUCACCAUUUCCUUAUAUCCUCGUUCUUCUCACUCCUAUAAUUUGUCUCUCUCUUUCAACUUCUUUUCCAACUGGACUACCACUCUCCAGUUUUCUCUCACCUGGUUACCCCACCCCCCUCUUUCUUUCCACUGA